UUGUAAGAAAAGGCCAACUCAGACAACUCCGCACAAUCCACGACAAGCAGUGGAUGGUGCAGCACCAGACGCUACGUUCUGGUGUAUGCCCUCGUAUUAAACACUAACCAUGGUCUUCCCUUUCACAAUCAUCGAGCGCACAAUCCCUGGACAGCAUAUCCGAGAAUACCCGCACAGCAUCAAUCUCAACAAGGCCCGCCAAGAAACUGCUCUCCAGCUCGCUAUCAAACAGUAUGUUCCCGCCGAUAGACCAGAGCCAAUUCCAGCAAAUGCUGUUACCAUUAUUGCGGCACAUGGAACUGGGUUUCCAAAAGAAUUAUACGAGCCACUCUGGGAAGAUCUGUACAAGCAGCUAAGAGCGCGUUCGGUUCCUCUACGUGCUAUAUGGAUGGCAGAUGUUUCUAAUCAAGGAGCCAGCGGCGUUUUGAAUGAAAAUAUCCAGGGCGACACGACAAACUGGUAUGACCAUUCACGUGAUUUAUUGCACAUGGUGAACCAUUUUCGUGAUGAAUUUCCUCGUCCCAUCAUUGGCGUCGCGCAUAGUAUGGGUUGCGCCCAGCUAGUGCAUCUGUCUAUUCUUCAUCCACGACUACUCUCAACACUUAUUCUUUUCGAGCCUGUAAUCUUAGAGGCAGCUUUUGGGGGCCCUAAUCCCUCGAGCUUUGCUGCCUCUCGAAAAGAUCUAUGGCCGUCACGCGAGAAGGCGCAAACUUCACUCCGUAAAUCUUUGCAGAAAUGGGAUCCUCGAGUCAUAGACCGCUUUCUAGAAUUUGGUCUCCGCCCGGUGCCUACACGACUCUAUAACCCAGAUACAGAUGCAAGUGUUGAUUCAUGUGCAGUUACACUAACUACAUCCAAGCACCAAGAGUCGUGGAGCUACUCUAUAGCGAAUUUAGAGGCGGAAUCAGCGGGCCUAGACCGAUAUUUGAUUCCAGACUGGGAUCCUGAUGUGGAGCGUCCGUACAUGUUUUCGCGACCUGAAUGCUGGUCAAGCAUGCGCAAUCUUCCCGUAAUUCGACCGAGUGUGCUGUGGGUAUUCGGGGAAAAGAGUUACCUAUCACCGUUAGAGGCGCAGGAGGCUAAAAUGAAGGUUACUGGAACGGGGGUUGGUGGUAGUGGUGGCGUCAAAGCGGGCAUGGUAGAGAAGACCGUUUUGAAGGGAGGUUCACACACGCUAGUAUUGGAAAAUGUUGAUUGGAGCGCAAAAGCUGCGGCAGACUGGGUUGAAAAGUGGUUUUCCCGUUGGUUGGCAGAUGAGAAGUUCUGGAAGGAAUAUCUAAGCCGGAGAUCAGAUGCCGAAAUGCUGAAGCCUUCCCAAGACAAUUUGGAUGUUUUUACAAUGGCCAUGGGCACGGAAAGAAUCAAAGAAAAGCUAUGAAUCGAUUCGGAGACUCGGAAAAUUACUGGGAAAACAAUUGAUCCAGAUAGCCAGUGUUCACCGCAGUUCCGAGUUCUGAAGCGCAUAUCUUUUGUCUUAGUAGCGGUCCACUUGAAUGAUCAAGCACAGCUCGCAAGGAAGUGAGGAACACAUCUUACGUAGUUGAUUGUUCUCGGUGCGAAUACUUCAUGUGAUCUCCAUUAAUGGAUUUAGCAGAC